ACUUCCUCACAAACACUACCUUGUCCCAUACUAAUUCUGCUCCUGAAAACUACAAACCAUAAGAUAAUUUUUCCAUUAGAAAAUGAAGAAGAAAAAAAAAAAACAUACAAAGAAGUUUUCGUCAUAAUUUGAAUCGAUGGAAUUGGGAAAAAAAAUUGGCGAGAAGGUUGAAGCAAACAGAGGGCUUCUUUCACUGUCAACAACUUAAUGGCCUACUCCUCCAUUGCCUGCUGCUCCAGUGCUUAUGCCACCAGCAUCAAGUCCUGCAAGAGUUACUCCUAUACAGCAUUAUGUUAGGAGAUCAAAACGUGCUAGACUUACUUCAAAGAAUUUUCAUAGUCAAAAAGGCACAAGUAUAUUGACUAGAAUCCAUAAUAUGGGAUAGCCUUUUCCUUGCCUGCUCUCUAUUUGGUUUGAGGCUUCAAUGAAACCCAGUAGCUGGGUUCAAUGACAGAAAAGAGAAGAAGAAAUGAGUUAAGAUCGAUUUUGCAAAUGGAGUGGAAAUGAGAGAGCAUUCAGAGAAGAAGAAAUGGGUUAAGAUCUCAAUUUUGCAAAUGAAGUGAAGAUGAGAGAGCAUUCAGAGAAUAAGAAGAUGAGUUAGAUUGAUUUUGCAGAGAGUGAAGAUGAGAGACCAUUUUAGGGUUCACAUACCUUUCUUUAUUGGUGGUUUGCAGGCAACGUGGGAUCCAUUGGAGGGGCUUUGGUAUUGCUUUGUGAACUCUCAAAGCUAGAGCCACAGUGCUCUAGGAGCUGUUAAUGGGUGCACUUUACAUUUGGGCUAAAUGCCCCACUGCCAUGCCAUGGUUACUUGUUUCUGACAUUUGGGUGGAUUUGUUUCCGGAGUUUGAAGGUGGAGAGAAAGGAGGAAAAGCAGUAGGAGGAAGGAUUGCAGUGAAAUAUUUCCAAGAGGAAAGCAAGUUUGCUGUUGUUUCUAAGUUCUCUCCACAACAGAACCCUCAACCGGUUCAACCCACUCCUGCUAUUAGCGAGUCUCAGGCUCAAUCCCACAUUGCACCCGCUCAACAACCUAUCCCUGAUGAUGUUACUCGUCGCCUUGAUAGCUUGGAAAAACUAGUAGCUGAACACCGAGGUGCUCCACCCCCACACCAUGCUGCUGAUUCUAUACCUCACCCACUGAAUACCAACAUUACUCUGGAACCCUAUCCUUCUGGCUUCAAGAUACCACAACUGGAGACUUAUGACGGGACGAAGGAUCCCGAUGACCAUCUGCACGCUUUCUAUUCCUGCAUGCAAGCUCAAAACGCCUCUGACGCGUUGAUGUGCAAGAUUUUCCCCUCUACUUUCCGAGGUAAUGCCCGAACUUGGUAUUACAGUUUACCUCCGAGGUCAAUUAGCUCGUAUACAGAAAUGGCAUCUGCCUUUGCCACUAAGUUUUCCAGUAGAAGGUUGAUUAGGAAAACUACUUCUGAGUUGAUGAGAGUUAAACAGAGGGAUGGAGAAUCUCUGAAGAACUAUAUGAGCAGGUUUAAUGAUGCAGUUUUGGAAGUUAAUUCUUUUGAUCAAGCUGUGGGAAUUGCCGCUGUGAUCGCUGGUCUCAAGCAUGACAGGUUCAGAGACAGUUUAAUUAAACAUGCUGCCACCACCUUUAGCGAGGUGAAUGAUCGGUCUCUCAAGUUUAUAACUGCUGAGGAGUAUGCCCUAGCGCAGAACCCACCCCCCUCUAAGAACCAGAACCCAGAGUGGAGAGAUGACAAUCCGAGUCGAAAAAGGAUGAGGAUGGCACAGAACCGAGGUCCGAUGUUGGCCUCCCCGCCGAGAUUCGGAAGGACGAACUCAACUCCCCCGCAGCAAUCUGCAGGUAAACCUCCAGUUAAUUGGACUCCCUUUAAUCUGCCGAGGUCAUAAAUUUUUAUGCAGAUUAAGAACAAAAUGGACUUGAGACGUCCUGGCCCAAUGCGAACUGCUGCUGCUAGUCGAGACCACACUAAAUACUGUGAUUUUCACCAAGACCACGGCCAUACUACAGAGCAGUGCAAUAGCUUAAAGUUCGAACUGGAAAGUUUAGCUCAGAAGGGAAUGCUGAAUGAGUAUGUGCAAAGAACUGAACAGCCACGGUUUGUCAGAGAGCAGAGGCCGCAACCUCAAGGAGUCCGCAAUCCCCCGAAUAGACAAGGCGUGGGAUAUCAACAAGCACCACCUCCGCUUCCACCACCGGCUAGAAUCAUACAUAUGAUUACGGGAGGCCUUGAAGCAGGA